AUGAGGCUGUUACUUCCCAACCCAGGACUGGAUGACCGGAUCCAUAGCUAUGAGGACCUGGAGAGGAUGGACAAAGAGGAGGCUGAGGACAGGCCUAAAUGGGACAAUAAGGCUCAGUACAUCUUAACCUGUGUGGGUUUUUGCAUUGGGAUUGGCAAUGUGUGGAGAUUUCCUUAUUUGUGUCAGAGUCAUGGAGGAGGUGCCUUUUUGAUUCCCUACCUUAUCCUACUAGUUCUGGAGGGAAUGCCUCUCCUAUUAAUGGAGUUUGCCAUUGGCCAGCGCCUCAGGAAAGGUAGCGUGGGAGUGUGGAGGGCCAUCAACCCCUAUCUGACUGGUAUCGGUAUUGCCUCUAUGCUGGUGUCCUUACUGAUUGGACUGUACUAUAAUACACUAAUAGCCUGGAUCAUGUGGUAUCUCUUCAAUUCCUUUCAAGACCCCCUGCCUUGGACCCAGUGUCCUCUCAAUGAAAACAGGACUGGUUAUGUACCAGAGUGUCAACAGAGCUCCACUGUGGAUUACUAUUUUUACAGAGUGACUCUGAAUACUUCAGCCUCUAUAACUGACUCUGGAGGUCUCCACUGGCCUGUAGUAGUUUGUCUUUUGGCUGCUUGGACUGUCAUUGGUAUCUGCUACAUAAGAGGGAUCAGCACUUCAGGAAAAGCGGUGUACGUCACAGCCCUCCUGCCUUAUGUUGUGCUGGCCAUCUUCCUGAUCCGAGGACUAACCCUUAAAGGCGCCAUGACUGGAGUUAAAUUCCUCUUCACUCCAAAUGUUGAUGAGUUAAUGAACCCAACCACUUGGCUGGAUGCAGGAGCCCAGGUCUUCUACGCUUUUAGUCUGGCAUGGGGAGGCCUCAUCUCCUUCUCAAGCUAUAACCCUGUCCACAACAACUGUAAGCAGGACGCCAUCAUCCUGUCUGCUGUAACUGGCUUUACUUCAAUCUACGCUGCCACAGUCACCUACACCAUCAUUGGAUUCAGAGCCACAGAAAAAUAUGAACAAUGUAUCAGUGAGAACAUCAGGACAUUAUUAAAUGCAUUUGGCGUCCCUGAAAACAGCAUAACUACAAGCAACUAUGACGAAGCCUUUCUUCAUCUCAACAGCAGCCAUCCAGAUACUAUUCUUGGACUAGACAUCAAAAUCUGUGACAUGCACAAACUCCUUAGUGAGGGAGUGGAGGGCACAGGACUGGCCUUCAUUGUGUUCACUGAAGCCAUCACUAAGAUGCCUGGCUCACCAGCCUGGGCUGUCCUCUUUUUCGUCAUGCUUCUCUGUUUGGGUCUGUCAACCCUUUUUGGCAACAUUGAGGGCGUGGUGGUUCCAUUAAAAGACCUGGGGGUCUUCCCUAAAAAAUGGCCUCAAGAAGCACUGACUGGGGUCACAUGUGUUGUCGCCUUCAUCUUCACCCUCCUGUUUGCGCAGCAUUCUGGGCUUUAUUGGCUGACCCUUUUUGACAACUUUGCUGGAUCUGUUCCACUUCUGUCGAUUGGAUUUUUUGAGAUGAUAGCCGUUGUUUACAUUUAUGGUGUAGACAGGUUUAAUGAGGACAUCAAGUUCAUGAUUGGCCAUAAACCCAACAUUUUCUGGCAAGCUUCCUGGAGGAUCAUCAGUCCGCUGAUAAUAUUGAUCAUCUUAGUUUUCUACCUGGUGACUCAAACGCAACAACAGCUAACGUAUUUAGUCUGGGAUCCAGACUCUGAGGAGUUCCCAACUUUGGCAUCGAUUCCCUAUCCUCCAUGGAUCAACGCAGUCAUCUUUCUUUUGGCAGGAAUCCCCAGUCUGGCAAUGCCUCUGUAUGCUUUAUGUAGACUCAUCUUUGUUAGUUGCAAGAAAAAAAGAUAA